AUGUGGAUGAUAUUAAUCACUUCCGGAAGUAAUCCAUCUCAUGUCUCAGAAUUGGUUCUACAACUUGGGAAGGAGUUCUCCAUGAAAGAUCUUGGCCCUUUACAUUUGUUUCUUGGAGUUGAGGUUAAGUAUUUUGAUGGGGGCAUCCACUUAAGCCAGAGUAAAUAUGUUGCUGAACUGCUAGACAAGACUGAAAUGACUUUUGCGAAGGUUAUAGCCACUCAUUUGGAUCAAAAGCAUGGUCUACAUGAAGCUGUGGAAAGCUUGGUUGAAGCAUCUUUUUACAGAAUGAUAGUAGGGAGUCUUCAAUACUUGACUCUCACAAGACCAUAUAUUAUUCAUGUUGUGAAUUUAGCAAGCCAAUUUAUGCAAAAUCCAAACAGUUCAUAUCUUCAAGGGGUGAAAAGAAUUCUCAGGUACAUCAAAGGCACUCUGCACUUUGGACUUAGACUUAUUUCACAAUCACCAUGUAGGUUGUAUGGGUACUCCGAUGCUGAUUGA